CUCGCGCCCCCGACGAGGAAGAAGUCCAAAUCGCGCGUCCUCGGCUCCAUCUUCGGGGACCGGCCCAACAAGAAGAAAGAGAAGGAGCGCCCCGAGAUUUCGCUGCCCUCCGACUUUGAGCACACGGUGCACGUCGGCUUUGAUGCCGUCACGGGGGAGUUCACGGGGAUGCCCGAGCAAUGGCUGCGCCUCCUGUCGACGUCCAACAUCAGCAAGUCGGAGCAGAAGAAGAACCCGCAGGCCGUGCUGGACGUGCUCAAGUUCUACGACUCCAAGGAGAGCGUCAACCAGAAGUACAUGAGCUUCACGCCCGUCCUGGAAAAAGUUGAAGCUUACACAGGAACCGCACAGGUGACGAAGGUGGACGUGGGGUGUGCGGAGGCCGAAGAGGAUGACGAUGACGACGACGCCUCGCCGCCUCCGAUCGUCGCUCCGAGACCAGAGCACACCAAGUCGAUGUACACGCGCUCCGUCAUCGAGCCCCUGCGGCCACCCCAGCCGGCCAAGGACGGCGUCGGCGUCGGAGGGGGGGUCCCGUCCCCGGGGGGCCCCCCACCCCACCACGGCGGGGAGGCCGGCUCGGGGGGGACCCCCCACAAGGGGACCGCCGACAAGCCGGGGCCCGACGGCGGCGUCGCGGGCGACAAGAGCAAGAAGAAGGCCAAUUCGGACGACGAGAUCCUUGAGAAGCUUCGCAGCAUAGUGAGCGUCGGGGACCCCAAGAAGAAAUACGCACGGUUCGAGAAGAUCGGACAGGGUGCAUCGGGGACGGUCUACACAGCGUGUGACGUGUCUACGGGACAGGAGGUGGCGAUCAAGCAGAUGAACCUGCAGCAGCAGCCCAAGAAGGAGCUGAUCAUCAACGAGAUCCUGGUGAUGCGCGCCAACAAAAACCCCAACGUCGUCAACUACCUGGACAGCUACCUGGUGGGCGAGGAGCUGUGGGUGGUGAUGGAGUACCUGGCGGGUGGCUCGCUCACCGACGUCGUCACGGAGACGUGCAUGGACGAGGGGCAGAUCGCAGCCGUGUGUCGUGAGUGCUUACAGGCGCUGGAGUUCCUGCACGCCAACCACGUCAUCCACAGGGACAUCAAGAGCGACAACGUCCUGCUGGGCAUGGACGGCUCCGUCAAACUCACGGACUUUGGCUUCUGCGCCCAGAUCUCUCCGGAGCAGAGCAAGCGUAGCACCAUGGUGGGCACCCCCUACUGGAUGGCGCCCGAGGUGGUGACACGCAAGGCCUACGGGCCCAAGGUGGACGUCUGGAGCCUGGGCAUCAUGGCCAUCGAGAUGGUGGAGGGGGAGCCGCCCUACCUCAACGAGAACCCGCUCAGGGCCCUGUAUCUCAUCGCCACCAACGGCACCCCAGAGCUCCAGAAUCCGGAGAAGCUGAGUCCCGUGUUCCGCGAUUUCCUCAACCGCUGCUUGGAGAUGGACGUCGACCAGCGCGGCUCUGCGCGCGACCUCCUGCAGCAUCCAUUUUUGAAGCUGGCCAAGCCCCUGGCCAGCCUUACUCCCCUCAUCCUGGCAGCCAAGGAUGCCAUCAAGAACAAUCGCUAGCACAGGCGGUGGCACAUGCGCACACACACUGUUACCCAUACUCGCACACAUGCAGGCCACACACUCAUACUCGCACACACACUCACAUACACUCAUACUCGCACACACACUCAUACUCGCACGCAGACACUCAUUCAUACCCAUACCCACCCAUACCCACCCAUACCCACCCAUACCCACCCAUACCCACACGCACCCACACCCACAUGUAGACACACACUCCUGGCUGCCCGCAUGCUCUGACACACACACUCCCUGCACAACACUCAGAAGCACAAGCAGCCAUUGUGGGUGUGCACGCACACACACACAGCACAAAGGUGCACAGUGGGGGUUUGGGGUACGUGUGUGUGCGUGCGCGUGAGGGUGUGCGCGCGAGGGUGUGCGUGCGAGGGUGUGCGUGCGUGCAGUUCGCGUGCGUACACAUUAGCCGGUCGGUUUGUCAGUGUGUGUACAAGGGCCUGUGUGCGUCUUGUGUGUGUGCAGCUGUGUGUGCACGUGUGAGCAACGUGUGCAUUCCGCUGCGUGUGUGGAGCUGUACGAGUGGCUGCAAGUCGCGAACGCUGUACUACUAAUUACCCUGAGCCCCCCGCCCCCUUUCGUAGCACCCACCCAGUCUCUGUUCGUCUGUCGUUCACCUCGCCCACGCGUCUCGGGGCGCCGAGAGAGUUAACGGAGCCUCUGGUUCCUGCGUUGUUGUACAUUGCCUGUCCCCGGGGGGAGGGGGGGGUGGGGAGUUGGGAGGAUUCUCUUUGAGUCGCCGCGUCCUGCGGUGGGCGGGGCGGAGCUCUUGCAUCGGAUCAAGCAGCAUCCAAUACUUGGGCGGUGGAGACAUUCGCUCGCCGCUCACUCACCCUCUUGCUUGCCCGCUCACUCACCCGCUCACUCACCCUCUUGCUUGCCCGCUCACCCAUUCGCUCGCUCACCCGCCGGCUCACCCUCUCGCUUGCCCGCUCACUCACCCUCUUGCUUGCCCGCUCACUCACCCGCUCACUCACCCUCUUGCUUGCCCGCUCACCCAUUCGCUCGCUCACCCUCUCGCUUGCCCGCUCACUCACCCUCUUGCUUGCCCGCUCACUCACCCGCCG